CCUCCUGGUCUGAACUUUUCUACCCGUGAGAACAUGUUUUGACUCAUUCUCUCUGGGAAGGUUAAAAAUGACAAGGAAUUUGUUAAUGGAAAUUCAAACACAACACACCAGUUUUGCUGUCUCUGUCUAGAUAUUUAAGAAGUGCAACAAGGGAUUCAAUCAACAAUCCUUCCUGCUCAGACUGUGGGGAGGAAUUCACUCAGUCAUCUAACCGACUGGCACGCCUGUUAUUUUACACGGGGCAGUGGCCAUUCACCUGCUCAGACAGUGGGAAUGGAUUCAGUUGGUCAUCACAACUGAAGGUACAUCAGCAAAUUCACACUGGGACAAGGCCAUUCACCUGUUCUGUGGGUGAGAAGGGAUUCAGUCGGUCAUCCCACCUGUGGACACACCAGUCAGUUCACACUGGGCAGAGGCUGGUCAUCUGCUGAAUUUGUGGGGAAGGAUUCUCUCGGUCAUCUGACCUAAUGGCUCAUCAGCGAGUUCACACCGGGGAGCGGCCGUUCACCUGCUUGGACUAUGGGAAGAGAUUCACUGAAUCAUCUAAGUUGAAGGUACAUCAACGAGUUCAUACUGGGGAGAGGCCAUUCACCUGCUCAGACUGCGGAAAGGGAUUCACUCGGUCAUCUCACCUACUGCUACAUCGGUUAGUUCACACUGCAGAGAGGGAUUUCACCUGCUCAGAUUGUGGGAAGAGAUUCACUCACUCUUCCACCCUACAGAGACACCAGUCAGUUCACACCAGGGAGAGGCCGUGCACCUGCUCAGUCUGUGGGAAGAGAUUCACACAGUCAUCACACCUACAGAGACACCAGCAAGUUCACACUGGGGAGAAGCCUUUCACCUGCUCAGACUGUGGGAAGAGAUUCACACAGUCAUCCACCCUACAGAGACACCAGUCAGUUCACACUGGGGAGUGGCGGUUCACCUGCUCAGAAUGUGGGAAGGGAUUCACACAGUUAUCCAAAUUACUGGCACACCAGUCAGUUCACAGUGGGGAGUGGCCAUUCACCUGCUCAGACUGUGGGAAGGGAUUCGCUCGGUCAUCUGAUCUACAGAUACACCAGCGAGUUCACACUGGCGAGAGGCCGUUUACCUGCUCAGUCUGUGGGAAGGGAUUCCAUAAAUCAUCCAACUUUCAUAGACACCAGCAAUUUCACACUGGGGUGAAGCAGUUCACCUGCUCAGACUGUGGGAAGGGAUUCAGUCGGUCAUCCUCACUAUUGGCACACCAGUCAGUUCACACUGGGGAGUGGCCAUUCACCUGCGCAGAAUGUGGGAAAGGAUUCACUCAGUCAUCUGAACUACUGGUACAUCAGUCAGUUCACAGUGGGGUGUGGCCGUUCACCUGCUCAGAAUGUGGGAAGGGAUUCACUCAGUCAUCCAACCUACAGAGACACCAGUCAGUUCACACUGGGGAGAAGCCGUUCACCUGCUGUGAAUGUGGGAAGGGAUUCGCUCGGUUAUCUGAUCUACAGAUACACCAGCGAGUUCACACUGGGGAGAGACCAUUCACCUGCUCAGUCUGUGGGAAGGGGUUCCAUCAAUCAUCCAACCUUCAUAGACACCAGCGAGUUCACACUGGGGUGAAGCCGUUCAACUGCUGUGAAUGUGGGAAGGGAUUCACUCGGUCAUCCUCACUAUUAGCACAUCAGCGAGUUCACAGUGGGUAGAGACCGUUCACCUGCUCAGAACGUGGGAAGGGAUUCACUCAGUCAUCCAAUCUACAGAGACACCAGCAAGUUCACUUCGGGUAAAGGCCGAUCACCUGCUGAGACAUUGGGAAGUGUUUUCUCAGCCAUCUCCAUCAAAUGUGCAUCGUUGGGUUCACACUGUGGAGAGGCCGUUCACCUGCUGUGAAUGUGGGAAGGGAUUCACUCAGUAAUCUAACCUUGUGACACACUAGUGGGUUCACACUGGGGAGAAAGUUUCAAUAAGCUGCAUGCUGGAUAUUUGUCCAUCACUGUUGCAGAAUGCAAUUUCGAGAGUGACUGUCGGUGCUGAACUCUGCAAUCAUUGCUGCUAUACACCACACACAGUUCUGCACCCUGGUCACUGGGCAUGGGAGGAGUUUCUUCUGCUCCACAUUCACCUUUAAUGGAACUGGAUCUGAGACAAAUAAAUCAAUUCUAUUUUAAACUCUGUCUCUGGUACUUAGUGCAUUUAUAACACGCCUAGUGUACAGUAGAGAGUCAACUCAGGCCAGCUGGACCCUGCCAGUUAUUCAUUUCCAUGACAGUCUAUUUAAAUCCCGC